AUGUCUAGUGAGUCCGCCCCAUUAGACAUCCUCCGUGAUUCCUAUUGGCCCUGUCUCCGCGACCUUCUCAUGUGUGGCGAAGCGACCCCUUACCCCGAGACCCCGUACGUGAUCACGCUUGGCAAUAUGCCCGAGCUUCGUUCCCUGGAGCUUGUGCUUACGCUCCGGCCCGGCGUCACCGCUCCAAUACUCUGGCCGUCAGACUACGAUGCGGCCUGCCCAUGGCCCCAUCUCCAAUCCUUCACAACAUGCCAUGCAAACCUCGAGGACGAGAUUUAUCGUCAUCUUCCCCCCACUCUACGACGACUUCUCCUUUACUCGUAUCCAUAUUAUGGCAACAUCAUAUGGGAGACCAGUAGCGGAGUCCGCGAGCGGCAACUGCAAGGCGCGCUGCUGACCGCGUCGCAAAUGUUGGAGCUGCUGAGCCGGUGCCAGACUCCCGACCUCACCGAGCUCGCUGUGGAAUUCUUCGCUGAUGAUCAUGAGUUUGCCCUGUGGCGCUUCCUUCCGCGCGCGUUCCCUCGCUUGACCUCGCUCACUAUCCACGUCUAUCGUGCGGAGAACGCGCCCGCAGAUACUCUCGUGCCACACAUUGCUCGAGAUCUCGCACGCCUCACACAUCUGACGACUCUCCGGAUACAUCCUGGGUUCGCACCAAUCUUCGAACCCCCCAUGCCGUUCGGUGGUAUCUAUCUUGGCGGUCCGAGCCCGCGCACUCCGAGCGCAGCGGAGGAGCGCCUCAAGGCGGCACGCGAUCGCGCGGCUCGAACCUUUGCGGACACCCUGUCCUCGUCGCUACACACCAUAUUCUUGCUACAUCCUCGCCUACCCGGAGCGCACUGGAUACAAUACCGCAUUGUGCCGGGGAAACAACCGCAAAACAAGAGCCGGGCAGGGCGAUGUUACGAACUCCGGUAUGCUCGUGGUCUUAUUCUCGCAACGGUGGAGGGAAGCGAUCGUAUUAUCUCAAGCUAG